CGCAGCCGCCACCUCCGCCGUCGCCCCGCGAGGUCGCCGCCCUCACAGCUGCCGUCGCCACAAUCGCCGGGGCCGCGGAGCCACGACUGCCGCGGCCGAGCCCGCGACGCCCGUGACGCGGGGCGGGACACGCGGCCCGCAGCGCCGGGAGAGGAGGGAGGCCGAGCGGCCAUGCGGGCGGCGCUGGGGUGAAGGAUGCUGGCGGGCAGGCCCGGAGCCCAGAGCGCAGGCGCGGGCCUGGGCGCCGGACCCUCGGACUCGCUGGGCGCCCGGGACGGCGGCGGGCGGCCGCGACCCGGCGCUUACCUAGAUAUGAAAAUCCAUCUCGAGAAAAAUUUAGAAGAAGAGCGCCAGAUUCUACUACAGCAACAAAAGAUAUGUCGGAAUCGAGCACGUAAAUAUUUCAUGGAGUCAAGCCGGAGAAGAAAAGCUUUCGAAGAGAAACGCAAAGAACAAGAAGAAAAAGAGUAUCAGAUUAGAGAGCGCAUCCUGCAGCAGAGGAAGCAGAAGUUUGAAGAAAUUACUGAAAAAUUCCAGCGUGCCCACGUUCCUCUCUCUCAGAGAAGGAGAGCAGUUCCCCCAUUAGAAGAGGCCCUUAAACAAAUUCAAGAAUCUAACUUAAAAUCAGAAGUAAACAUUCCUCUUUCCCACAGACCAGCAACAACUUGGCGAGCUAUAGAUUCUGCCUUGCCUUCAGCAGUGUCAAAAAAUGAUCACGAACAUCAAAAAUAUCUUGUAAGCAGAAUUAACUGCGAUAAAGAAAUGAAGGAAAACAACAUAGCAAACCUAGCUACUAACAAAAACGUGUUCCAGCUCAAACUGGAGGAGACUCAGAAACUCCUAGAGAAUCAACAUUUAAGCAGUUUGCAAAAAUUUUGUGAUGAAGUUAAUCAGAUAACCAAUUCUGAAACUCUCUCAAGUAUAGACAGCCUUGAGGCUGGAGAGCAUGAAGAAAUAUACAUAACACUUAGUAUGGCUCCUUCCACGUCGACCCAGCAGAACUCUGUUCCCCUCAAGUCAGCAAAUCUUCAAUCAGCUCGUUUAAACUGCUUUGAUGAAGAUAAACUGUCUUUCUCUAAAACUCAGCAUAUAAACAGUUGGCUUACAAACUUAGACACACGAAGUACUCAGCCUGUCACAUCUUUUUCAGAUAUCUUAAGUAAAUCUAACGUUCUACCCUCAUGGGAAUGUUUGAAUAAUAAAGAACAGAAUCCACCUACUUUGAGCAGAACUGUGGACAGAGCCACAAGAGCUGCUACUGACUCCGUGCUCUUUGUCUGUAGUCCUUCCGUCGUUGCUCUAGAUAGAAAAGGAGAAAAUACCUCUGAAAGCAAUACUGUGAGGACGAGUGAUCCCGCUGAUGGAGCACUCCACAGGCAGAGGCUGCCGGGGGCCGAGAGCCCAACAUUUCAAGUCAAUAGAGCCUGGACUACUCCAGAAUCUCUAACGCAGGAAGCAGCUUCAUCUUCCAUCCAAGAGAGGCUCUCUGGGUUAACUCCGGACGGCAGGAGUGCUCCUCCCAUUCCUGCUCCGUGUGUACCAGUUUUGUCACCUAACCCACCGUCGGGUGGGCCUUCGUCAGAGCACAGCACAUGCAUGAAAGAAAUCCAUCCCGUGCAGUGUUCUGAUAAGGCAGAGGAAAUGACAGAUGUGAGAUGUGAAAAGAUAAACUAUUUUAGCUGUAAUAAAGAAAAGUUGUCUGUAUUUUCAGACAAUUUUCAGGCCACCUGUGCACCUCAAAAUUCUAACCCAAAAGAUAGAAAACAAAAAGCCAAUGGGCCAUCAGCACCACUGUGUAACAUCACUCCUGACUGUGACUUGCCUACCCAGCACAGCAAGAAGCACAGCAUCCAGGAACAAAAUGGGGUGAGGCUGCUCAAGAGUAUAUUAAAGAAAGAAUCCAGAUACGAUCAUGAUUCUCUCAAGGCACUAGUUAUAAAUCAGAGUUUUAAGUUUAGACAUCAGAAGGCAGAAGCCAUUAGAGAUAGUAUUGAGUUAACAAAACAGAGAGGGAAAGGUGCAGGAGCCCCAAAGACUGUUAAAAAGCUGCGGUGGCUAGAUGAAAGUAAUGCCACAGAGAAGUGUGCAGGUGACAGCCACCCAGUGAGGGACAGGGCAGGAGUGGCUCCACAGUGGCUACAGCACUGUCACACCAGCAGUGGCACCUGCAACCUCACAAACGUCCCUGAUUGUACUGCACCUUCUGCUGGUGGAGGGAAGGCCAAAGCUGACUGUGGCUCUGAAAAUGGGACUGAUUUAGGAGGAUAUGAAAUGGACUGUGUGCCUUUGAAAUCUUCUGUACCUUCAGGCUAUAGCCUUGCUAAGCAAGCAUGGUCAGCCUUUGGAAGAGAAGAGAACAAAGCCCCUGCACAUGCUGCUGAUGCCAAGACUCAGAAGUCUAAGCCUCCAAGGGGAGCGAAGGUAAUGAGAAGAACAGGGUCUGCAAAGGUCCAGACAGGCCUUGUUCAUGUGAACAGAAAAGCCACUGUCAGCCAGCCACCGUCUUCAAGAAAAGCCAACACACUGGCCCAAACUCAGGGUAAACUAAUUAUACCUCAUCCUCCACCUAAACCACCGACAAAUAUUAAAAGUGGUAAAAAUAUGCAAGUGUCUCCAUGUCAGUUAGCCGUACCUGAACAUUCUCAAAAUGUCAUGCUACAGAACUGUUUAAAUUCAUGUGUGCUUCCAACAGAGUACCAUUUGAACCAGUGGACUCAAGAAAGUAAUCUUUCUGAUGCUUGUUCUGACCUACUCGCUGUGACCCCAGCUCUACCAUCUCCUUACGCUUCAGAGAGCCAAACCUCAGCAAAAGUAAACUAUUCAAAUGGCAUUCACACAGGUUUCCAGCAAGAAGGGACGGUAUACUGUACCCAAAGAAGUCCUGUUUGUGAAGAGAGCUACCAGUUGUUCACUCAUAGGAAUACCGAAGAAGAAUCGAUUCUCCCAUGGAGAAGAAGGAACAAUGGGUGCCAAAAUGAGAAGGCUUCUGAUUCUACUGUUACAAGAAGAAAGCAAGUUGUUGAAAAUAAGUGGAGAAACUUACUAGAGCAGAAAAGAAAAAUCUCUGGAUCUGUAGGAAUGAAAUACACUGAGCCAAUGAUGCAUUUUGGACAAAGUGUCCCACUAAGUGCAAGUGAGCCAAUACAAGCUACAAGAGAUCCCAAGACUGAAGAAGGUACGUUUUACUUUUCAGGUACUUCUGAGUGCUUGGUGGCAGAAAACCUUGUGAAUUCUUCAAUGCCUGAGGAUGAAACUCUGACUGCCAUAAACAGCAGGCAGCCACAGAAACCACAUCUAUCCUUGAGUAAGACCCAGCCACCCAGCGUCUGUGCCAUGUCGGCUGAAGAGCAGAAGGUCUUGCAGUCCCUCCAUCAUCUCAAUGAGAGGCUGUACUAUGUACAAGAAGCCAUUUGCAAAAACCCAUCCAUCAAAAAUACUUUACAGUUAAUACCACUUCUGAACAGCCAGCCAAGGGCCAGGCUCUCUCCUGAUGCUGGAUCCAGAGUACAGAGAAAAUACUGAUCAACUGUGACAGUCACCACUUAGUGGAUUCAUUAUUUUUGAGACUCCUGUAAAUAAAUUCUGUAUUCUACAUUUAUUAAUAAUUUAAAAUACUAGACUUUUAUGUUUAUAAAAGCAAAUCAUAAUGUAGGUAAUGGAGAUGAAUUUACUAGCUUAUAUUUAUGCUACAAAUUAUACUUUAUUAUGUAUUUUCUUGAUACAUUUUUAAUGAAUGAAAUAUUUCAUUGUUUUCAGUAAGCAUGCUAAUGGAUAAAAAUUUUCUCUAUUUAAAAAUAAAAGAGGCUAUUUUAUUAUUCAAAUUAUGUAUUAGGUAUGAUAGUGAAGCUUUGUUUUCUGAAAUUCCUAAUUCUAAUAAAUUUUUGUACAAGUAUACAAGAGGAUUAUGAUUAAUAACAUCCCCCAUAAAUAAUAAAGCUAUUUGUUUAAGACUU